AUGUAUAAAUGGAGGAAUAUUCCUCUAUCUAAGAAGGAAGAAGAAAGCGUAGUGGCAAUCAGAGAGGAAGUUACUAGUGAGGAGAUUUUCCAAAGGACGCUCGCAAGGAAGCUAUGGACGGAUAACAAUUUCAAUACUAGGGCUUUUAUUAGCAAUAUGCUUAAUGCUGGGAAACUUAAAAAUUCGGUGAAGACUCAAGAGCUAAGCAAUAAUUUAUUCUUAUUUUGGUUUGCAUCAAAAAGAGAUCUCGAGUUCAUGAUGAGAAGUAGGCCAUUGAGUUUCGAUCAAAAUCUUCUAGUGUUGGCUCGAAUCUUAGGUGAAAAACAACCAUCAGCAUUCAACAUGCAUUUUGGUGUAUUCUAG